CCGCCCUUUGCCUCGAUCCCCCCUAACAGCAGCAGAAUCCGCGUCCUCUCGCCGCCGCCGCCGCCCGCCGCGGCGCGCGUGCGUGCAUGUUCCGAUCCAUGGGGACGGGGACGGGGACGAAGCCGCCGGCGAUGACGACGGAGCGGUACGAGUUCGGGCCGCUCGUCGGCGAGGGCAACUUCGCCAAGGUGUACCUCGGCCGGCACAGGGCCACCGGCGAGGAGGUCGCCAUCAAGGUGAUGGACAAGGAGAAGCUCGUCAGGCUCGGCGCCACGGAGCUGAUCAAGCGGGAGAUCGCCGUCAUGCAGCGGCUGCGCCACCCGAACGUCGUCCGCAUCCACGAGGUCAUGGCCAACAAGCGCCGCAUCUGCGUCGUCAUGGAGUACGUCCGCGGCGGCGCGCUCUACCGCUACUUCCGCAGGGGCCCCAGCGGCGGCGCCGCCGGCCUCCGGGAGCACGAGGCGCGCCGGUUCUUCCAGCAGCUCGUCUCCGCCGUCGCCUACUGCCACUCCCGCGGCGUGUUCCACCGCGACAUCAAGCUGGACAACCUCCUCGUCGACGAGCAGGGGAACCUCAAGGUCGCCGACUUCGGCCUCUCCGCGCUCGCCGACAUGGAGCGGCGAGAGGCCCACCUCCAGACCGUCUGCGGGACGCCGCUGUUCCUCGCGCCCGAGGUGUUCAAGCGCCGGGGCUACGACGGCGCCAAGGCCGACGUCUGGGCAUGCGGCGUCGUCCUCUACGUGCUCCUCACCGGCCGCAAGCCUUUCCCCGACGAGCACGUCUCCAGGCUCUACCGCCUGAUCGGGCAGAACCAGUUCCAGUGCCCGCCGUCGUUCAGCCCUGACCUUGCCCGUCUCGUGCGCCGCCUCCUCCAGCCCGACCCCGACCGCCGCAUCACCAUACCAGAGAUCAUGGAGAUGAGGUGGUUCAAGAGGGGAUUCAAGGAGGUCACCUACUACAUCGACAGCAACGACCGCCUCCGCAGCCUCGACGGCCUCGACGGCGAGCCGGAGCUGUACGACUCCGACACCGACACGAUCGAGUCCUCGUCGUCGUCGGAAUCUCCCACCCCGGUGGCCGGAACGCCCCGCGGCAUGCACACCUCGGUGUCGGCGCCGGCUCUGUCCGAGCUCGACCGCAUGGAGGACAGCGCGUCCCUCCCGCUCCCGCUCCCGCUCCCGCCCCGGCCGCGCAUGCCGCGGCCCAAGAGCCUGAACGCGUUCGACAUCAUCGCGUCGUCGCCGAGCUUCGACCUGUCGGGGCUGUUCGAGGAGCGCGGCGAGAGGAUGCGCUUCGUGUCCGGCGCGCCGGUGGCCGACAUUAUCGCCAAGCUGCAGGAGAUCGCCGGGAUGGUGAGCUUCACGGCGCGGACCAAGGACUGCCAGGUGAGCAUCGAGGCGACGCGGAACGGGCAGAAGGGCGCGCUCGCCAUCUCCGCCAAGGUGUUCGAGCUCACGCGGGAGCUCGUCAUGGUCCAGGUGUGCAAGAAGGCCGGCGACACCGCCGAGUACCGCAGGUUCUGCGACAACGAGCUCAAGGCCGGCCUGCGCGGCCUCGUCGUCGACGCCCUGCCGCCUCCGGUGGAGGGCGGCGGCCAUGGCGGCGCGGCUGCUGCGGCUGAAGCCGAAUGAAUGAUGGAUCAGUUGGCUCGAAAGAAUUGAUCUUUCAACAAGGAUUGAUCCCAGUAUCUUUAAUUGUUUUUCAUUUUAUUACUCAUCAUUGAUUAGUUUAUUAGUCUAGUUUAGCAUUUUUGACAGUGAUUGUGUGGUGGAUCCUGAUGAAUGUAUCAUGUGGCACUGUUGCUGUUUAAUUAGGCUGCUAAAUGCUGCUACUAAUACCCUGUUCUCGUAGUUGUGCUCAUUAAAUUUGGGAAAGAUUGUUCAUUGGCAAGCCUAUGGAGCUGUUAACUUUGGCGUUUUA